AGGGAGAGGGUGGGUCCUGGUCUGCCCCACCCCUCGCGCACUGCCCAGCUGCCCAGAUCCAGCCCACAGGUCGACAGGUUGCUGCCAAGCAGUCCCAGUGCUCCGGGCUCGGCUCUAAGGACCCACAGAGAUCACAGGACCACGCAGUGCUGCCUGGAGCCGCCGAGAGUUCUGAGUAGGAAACAUGUUAGCCGUGCACUUUGACCAGCCGGGAGGACCAGAAAACCUCUACCUGAAGGAGGUGGCCAAGCCAAGCCCAGGAGAGGGAGAAGUCCUCCUGAAGGUGGCAGCCAGUGCCCUGAACCGGGCCGACAUUCUCCAGAGACAAGGUCAAUAUGCACCACCCCCAGGAGCCAGCAGCAUUUUGGGAAUCGAGGCAUCUGGACACGUGGCAGAGCUGGGGCCUGGCUGCCAGGGGCACUGGAAGAUCGGGGACCCAGCUAUGGCUCUGCUGCCUGGCGGGGGUCAGGCUCAAUAUGCCACUGUCCCUGAAGGGCUCCUCAUGCCCAUCCCAGCAGGACUGACUCUGCCCCAGGCUGCAGCCAUCCCAGAGGCCUGGCUCACCGCCUUCCAGCUGUUACAUCUCGUGGGAAAUGUUCAGGCCGGAGACUCCGUGCUAAUCCAUGCAGGAGCAAGCGGGGUGGGCACAGCUGCCAUCCAGCUCGCCCGGAUAGCUGGAGCUAUUCCUCUGGUCACAAUUGGCUCCCAGGACAAGCUUCAAAUGGCAGAAAAACUUGGAGCAGCUGCUGGAUUCAAUUACAAAGAAGAGGAUUUUUCUGAAGCAACAAUGAAAUUCACCAAAGGUGCUGGAGUCAACCUUAUUCUAGACUGCAUAGGAGGAUCCUACUGGGAGAAGAAUGUCAACUGCCUGGCUCUUGAUGGUCGCUGGGUUCUCUAUGGUCUGAUGGGGGGAGCUGACGUCAGUGGGCCUCUGUUUUCAAAACUGCUUUUUAAACGAGGUAGUCUGGUCACCAGUCUGCUGAGAUCUAGGGACAAAAAGUACAAGCAAAUGCUGGUGAAGGCUUUUACGGAGCAAAUUGUGCCCCACUUCUCCAUGGAGGGCCCCCAACGUCUACUGCCGGUUCUGGACAGAGUCUACCCUGUGGCUGAAAUCCAAGAGGCCCACAAGUACAUGGAGAGCAAUAAGCACAUGGGCAAAAUCGUCCUGGAGCUGCCGCAGUGAAGGAGGAGGGGGCACUAGAGGACAAGGGUACCUCAGCCCUUCCCAGAGCAAACUGCGUGAGAAUUCUCUGAACGCAGGCAAGAGACGGGCUGCUACCCCACUCCCACCUGUAGUCCACUGGGCCUUCCCCGACCUCGUCAACUGAUCUGUGUAAAGCUGGUCUAAGGAAAUAAAGAGUAAAAAGAAAAAACAAAAACAAACAAA